CAUUUGUUACUCACUAUAAUAUUAUAAUAUAUUAUCCCAUAAACACACUAUAUGAUUGACUUAUACCCACUCGACACUUUUUACGUAUCCAGAUUAUUACUUAAUGUAUUAAAAUGACACACGGCCGACAGUUUGACACUAACUAUCAACACGAGCGAACUCAACAAUACACGUAUUAACAGCCGUCUUCCAAAACACGAUCAGUUUACGCGGUGGACAUAUGGUGAUAGAGGAGUGAGCUGAAAUACAAUUUCAACAAAAAUGGAUAAAUGGGUGGGAAAAGUCGCCGUGGUUACGGGUGCGUCGUCUGGGAUCGGAGCAGCUACGUGUAGGCGACUGGUUGACAGCGGGAUGAUCGUCGUUGGUUUUGCCAGGAGAGAAAACAGGCUAGAGGAAUUACGACAAACGUUGACUGGUAAACCAGGUGAAUUUCAUUAUUACAGAGUCGAUUUGUGUUCGGAACAAAACAUCCGAGAAGCUUUCGGUUGGGUAAAAAGUACGUUGAAAUCGGUUGACGUAUUAGUAAACAACGCUGGAGUUUGGAAAAAUUGUGACGUUUUAGGAAAUACACAAGACUGGAAACUGAUGUUUGACACUAACGUGUUAGGACCGAGCAUUUGCAGUAAAGAAGCCGUGAAUAUCAUGAAAGAGUUGAAAAUCAAUGGUCAUAUAAUAAAUAUAAAUAGUGAUAUUGGUCAUUAUCCACCAACGUUAAUGGCCAACAUGUCUGUCUAUAGUGCAACCAAAUUCAGUAGCGUUUCAAUAACUGAAAGUUUACGAGAACUUUUAGCCUUACAAAUGUUACCAAUUAGAGUCACUAGUAUCAGUCCGGGAUUAGUGGAUACCGAAAUGGCUGAUGAUAUGGUCGAUGCACUAAAACUGAAGCCCUCAAACAUAGCUGAUGCAAUCGUAUAUGCUUUGGCUACUCCGCAAUACGUUAACGUUUCUGAAAUUCUUAUUCGACCAACAAGUGAAACAAUGUUACCAUUUAUUAAGGAUGCAUUUCAAGAAUUAAAUAUUAAAUUGUAAUUGUACACGAUGUUUAAUCGCUAAUUAACAUAUUUAACGCAAUUAUCUUAAUGUACAUUGUAUUUGGUGUAUUUUAAUCGUUUUGGAAAUGUGUUAAAACAUUUAUUUUCAAGUUAUUUCUUGGUAUUUUACUGUAAUGCCUAAAACUAAACAUUAAAUUUAAAAAAA